AUGGGGGGCUGCAUGGACCGCAUACGGAACAGCUGCGACGGGCCAAAGAAUACGAAUCUGAAAUGGAGUUUACCUGCCGUGUGUUUCGUCUGGCAGUUGGCAAUGAUCAUUCUUUUUGGGGUGUUUGUGCGUUAUAACGAGGAGUCAGAUACUCGUUGGGUUGAGGUCAGAAAGAAGCGAAAUAUCACAAGUGAUAUUGAGAAUGACUUCUACUUCAGAUAUCCCAGUUUCCAGGAUGUCCAUGUCAUGAUCUUUGUGGGCUUUGGGUUUCUAAUGACCUUCUUGAAGCGCUACAGUUUUGGAGCCGUUGGAUUCAACUUCCUCAUUGCAGCUUUCGGCAUCCAAUGGGCUCUUCUGAUGCAAGGCUGGUUCAAUUCGCUGGACUACACUGACGGAAAGAUCAAGAUUGGUGUUGCAAAUCUGAUCAAUGCAGAUUUCUGUGUGGCGGGGUGUCUGAUCGCAUACGGCGCUGUGCUGGGGAAGGUCAGCCCAGUUCAACUGUUGGUGAUGACCCUGUUUGGUGUCACACUGUAUGCUAUUGAAGAAUACAUCAUUCUAAACCUCAUUCAUGCCAAAGAUGCUGGUGGCUCCAUGGUGAUCCACACCUUUGGUGCUUAUUAUGGUCUGUCCAUAUCAUGGGUUCUGUAUCGGCCGAAUUUGGAUAAAAGCAAACACUUGAAUGGAUCGGUCUACCACUCUGAUCUGUUCGCCAUGGUCGGCACCCUGUUCCUGUGGAUGUUCUGGCCCAGUUUCAACUCUGCCACUGCUGAUCAUGGAGAUGGUCAGCACAGAGCUGCCAUCAACACUUACCUUGCUUUGGCCUCCACCGUCCUGACAACCGUCGCCAUCUCCAGCAUGUUUGAGAAAAUGGGGAAACUGGACAUGGUUCAUAUCCAGAAUUCUACUUUGGCAGGUGGAGUUGCUGUAGGAACAGCAGCUGAAUUUAUGCUGAUGCCAUAUGGUUCUUUGAUCGUGGGUUUCUUAUGUGGAAUUGUGUCCACACUGGGCUACAUUUAUUUAUCACCAUUCUUGGAGGAGAAACUGAAGAUUCAAGACACAUGUGGCAUCCAUAACCUGCACGCCAUGCCAGGGGUUAUUGGAGGAAUUGUAGGUGCCAUCUCAGCCGCUGCUGCCAGCGACACAGUUUAUGGGUCGUUAGGGUUGCAAAAUACAUUUGACUUUGUGGGAGAUUUUUCAAAACGGGUUCCCACCACCCAGGGUGGCUACCAAGCAGCAGGACUAUGUGUGGCCAUAUGUUUUGGAAUCGGAGGCGGCAUAUUUGUUGGCUUGAUUCUGAAGCUUCCCAUCUGGGGUGACCCUUCAGAUGAAAACUGCUAUGAUGACAAGAUCUACUGGGAGGUUCCUGAAGAUGAAGAAAGCGUUCCUCCCAUUCCGGCCUUCAACAAUCACGUGAUCUUCAACAAACACGCAGACGUAACAGAGACGAGCUUCGUGGAGCAGCGUUAACACAGACGGGAACAGACCUACAGCGGUGUGACGCGUGUCUUUGGGAAGACGUUUGCUUUUGUGUUGCUUUCCCAACAAGAUUCACUACCGGGAAAAUUGGAAUGAAUAUGACUUUGUCUUUUUGAUUUUCACGAAGCACAAAUCCACAACUGGAUGAAAUGGAAUACAUUUUAUUUUACCCAAUUUGAAAUUUAAAUAUCUGUUUAAUAUAUUUGCAUAUUGCCGGCUAAAAAUCAGU